UACAGUUUUCUUCUUCCUCCUAUUUUAUUUGUUUAUUUCUUCAUCCUUCUCUCUCUCCGACCUCCUCCUCCGAGAAACCCAUCUCUCUUCUCGGAGCCCCAUUAGAGAUCGGAUCUGUCUUUGGUUUUUACAGACAAUGAGAUGAUAAUGGCAAAUUGAAGAAUAGUACAUAACGCUUUUGCCCACGAGAGAAAGUGUUUAUCUUUUUUUACGAAAUUAUUGUAAGAUUCGGAUGGGGAUUUGCUUUAGUGCUGAAGAGCAGUACCAAUUCUCUCAACAACAAAACUAUCAGAAGAAGACAACAGUACCAGCAGGGAAAAAUUCAGCUGUGUAUCUAAUGAAGUCAGAUUGUCAAGAUUCAUCAGUUGGUAAAGUGAGUGGUGGCUUGUCUUUAGCUCCUAAGAACAUUAAAGAUCUUCAGUCAAAUCCAGGAUAUGAGAAUGUUGAUAUUUUCACUUACGAGGAGAUGAAGGUUGCUACUAAGCAGUUCAGGCCAGAUUAUAUUCUUGGUGAAGGAGGUUUUGGAGUGGUCUAUAAAGGAGUUAUAGAUGAGUCUGUGAGGAGUGGUUACAAGUCUACAAAAGUUGCUAUCAAAGAACUUAAUCCUGAGGGCUUUCAGGGAGAUAGAGAGUGGCUGGCUGAAGUUAACUAUUUAGGACAGCUUAGUCACCCGAAUUUGGUUAAGCUCAUUGGCUACUGCUGUGAAGAUGAUCAUAGAUUGUUAGUCUAUGAAUACAUGGCAUUGGGGAGCCUUGAGAAACAUCUUUUCCGAAGAGUUGGAUGCACUUUGACAUGGUCGAAAAGAAUGAAGAUUGCGCUAGACGCAGCCAAGGGUCUUGCAUUUCUACAUGGUGCUGAACGCUCCAUCAUAUAUCGGGAUCUGAAGACAGCAAAUAUACUGCUAGAUGAGGGUUACAAUGCUAAACUCUCUGACUUUGGACUAGCUAAGGAUGGUCCAAGAGGAGAUCAAACACAUGUGUCAACACGUGUUAUGGGGACUUAUGGAUACGCUGCUCCUGAGUACGUAAUGACAGGACAUUUGACAUCGAGAAGUGAUGUUUAUGGAUUUGGGGUACUUCUCCUUGAGAUGCUCCUUGGGAAGAGGGCGAUGGACAAAAGCAGACCUUGCAGGGAGCAUAACUUGGUAGAGUGGGCACGACCUCUGUUGAAUCACAACAAAAAGCUUUUGAGGAUCAUAGACCCUCGAAUGGAUGGACAGUACGGUACUAAGGCAUUGAUGAAAGUAGCUGGUUUAGCGUACGAAUGCCUAAGCCAAAACCCGAAAGGAAGGCCCCUCAUGAAUCAUGUUGUAGAAGUUCUCGAGACUCUCAAAGAUGACGGUGAUGCUCAAGAGGAAGUCAUGACUAACCUCCAUAGCAGGGGCAAAUCUGUAACCUUAUAUGAUGCUUCUGGUGAUUCUCAAGGCACAAGAGAUGGGGAUGGACAUAGGAGGAGAAGACCAGAAAGUGGUCGAAGCAAGAGCGAAGCCGCAGUCGACACUGACAAAUAUGUUUCUGCUCUUUCAGAACUGGAUAAUACCAAAAUUUAAGACUCAAGACAGAAAGAUUCACCCAGUGAUUUGAGACUGUAAGAUAAGAAAGUAGCAGAGUUGGCUUAAUGUAUAAAUAAGUUGAGUCUUCGUUUUUGGGAACUUUUUUUUUUGGGGAUUACAAAUAUUAGUGCAAUAUGCAAUUUGAUGAUAUUUCUCUGAAAUUCAAAUGAAUUUUUGGAAA